GCCAACGGCCAAUAAACCUCAAAAGGAAAUCCCAACUUGCAGUACUACCGCUGUGUCCGCCAACGUUACCCAACUAAACAUACUGGGUGCUAUAGCUGAGGCUUGCCGCCGUGAAUCAGGUAUAGAUAUCAGACAGAUACUGCGUGGCCUUCACCCUUUCCAGGAUGAGCGGCCUGCGAACCAUCUUAAGCUCCACUGCGAUGGUUGCUGUGCUGGGGGUCGGCUAUGGGAUGUGGUCCGUGAUAGCUCCAGGAGAAGACAGACGGAAAGAGCUAAUCAAGAAUCUGCCUGAAUCAAACCCAAUGAGAAUGGAAGAGACGAGGAGGAGGAAUGCUCUGGUAAUGCAGGCCCUCAAGGAGGCUGCUGAAACCAAUGACAAUAUUGCAAGAGGAUUCGGAGGACCUGUGAAAUAGAUCCAGCUCUGUGACCUGUUUGCAAAAUCUUCAUUUAUUGAAUGCUACUGGCAUGCAGGGCCACAACCUGUUCAAAUAAAGAUGGACAUAUUAUUUUA